AUGGAGGGACCUUACGACACUCGUUCGCCUAACUGGCUGCAUGAAGACUAUCCCCAUCUUUUUGACGGAGCGUACGGCAACACUCCAGCGGCAUUGGCGGCAGCAACUACUGCAGCGAGCGCCCUAUUCUACUUUAUGACCCGACGACUGUGGGAAGACAUUACCGCAGAAAGCGAAACUUAUUUCUUUGAGAAAAUGAAAGAGAGAGAGAGAGAGAGUUACGACACAGUAUGA